CAGGCAGAAAGGAAAGGAGGCGCAGCGAGUGACGUCUUUCGGGCGCGCCGGCACCACGCGGAGGCAGAAGAAAACUCAGAAAGAGUGCCUUCCCGCCCGGGCGUCUAACCGGAAGAGCAGGAGGGGCGGUGCCUUCCCGGCCGUGUGCUUCGCAGUCCCCGCCCGGCUGGCUGCGGUUGGGUCGCUGUCGGACUGAGGAGGAGGAGGAGGAGGAGGAGAAGGGAGUUGUCGUCUGGUAUCCAGGGGAAGCCAUGGAGGGUCCCGCCUGGUCGCUGUCGCCGCUUUUGUUGCCGCUCCUCCUCCUGUCAGGAGCCCACGGGGACUGCGGUGCUCCUCCAGUGCAGCUCCGUGCAACUUUGCAGGCUGAAGAACCAAGAGACUCCUACCCUGUUGGAACUAUUCUGCGGUAUAAGUGUAUCCCUGGUUAUCAAUAUAUCACAAUAAACCCUACUAUUAAGUGUCUUGACAAUUCAGAAUGGUCAACAGCUCCUACAUUUUGUGAAGAAAAGAGUUGUAAGGCUCCAACUGUGGAGAAUGGUGGAAUAAGAGGUGACCUUCAGUUUGGUGCAACUAUAACCUAUUUCUGUGACCCAGGGUACAAACCACAAGGAGCGACGACUGCUCGUUGUAUUUUGUUCAAUGAUAAUGUUCGGUGGGAUACAGACCCUCCAUUGUGUGACAGAAUCCAGUGUGUACGUCCUCCCAUUAUUAAUAAUGGAAGGCACAAUGGGAAUAUAUAUGAAGAUGUUUAUACUGUUGGCACCGUGGUAACGUACACUUGUGACAAAAACUUUUCCCUCAUUAGAAACGCAAGCAUUACCUGUGUAGUUGCAAAAGAUAAUGAAAAUGGAAUGUGGGAUUACCCUGCACCUGAGUGUAAAGUUGUUGAGUGUAGCAGACCACAAAUUGAAAAUGGAAGGCUAACAAGUCCAUUUCAGCCUACGUACAUGUAUAACCACCAACUGCAGUUUGUGUGCAAUCCUGGCUACACUCUGAAGGGAAGUGAGUUUGUUACAUGCAAUGCUAAAAGUGAAUGGGAUCCUCGACUUCCAGAGUGUAAUAUAGUACAGCCAGAAAAGCCAACCAUAAGACCAGGCCCUAGCCCAACAACAACAGAAACCAUUACCAAAGAAACUGAAUCAACACAGCAUCCAGAUCCUGAAGAUAAACCAGGAAGUAAUACAGUUCUGGGAAUUGUUCUUGGGGAUUGUGGACCUCCACCAAAACUGAAGAAUGCUGUUCCUUAUGACAAUGUUGAAGGGAAAACCUUCCGCCCCAUGGAGUCAGUCACCUACAAAUGUCUGGAUGGUUUUUAUAAUAUCUACGGGAAACUAGAUGUUGUAACAUGCCUCUCUGAUUCAACGUGGAGCGACAUAGAAGAGUUUUGUCAACGCUCCUGCUAUUCGCCAUCAAGGUACAGAUUUGCUAGACCACGACUUGAAGAUAUAAAGACCUACUAUCCUGCAAAUACCAGAGUGACCUAUAUCUGCCGCCCAGGUUAUGACACCAUCCCUGGAAUCAGUUCUGUUGUUACUUGCCUUGAGAAUAAUUAUACCUGGACAAACCUUCCAGUUUUUUGUGAAGGAAAAUCAUGUGGUGAUCCAGGAAAGCCAGAAAAUGGUGAAGUUGUUAUUCUAACCAAUCUCUUGUUUUCGGCAAAAGUAAAUUUCAUCUGUGCGGAAGGGUACAUCUUAGUUGGAGUGUCUUCUGCACAGUGUGUGCUGAAGGGAGAUGGAGUUGAAUGGAAACCAGAGCCCCCAAAAUGUCAACGGCAAACAAGUCCAACCAAAAGUCCAACUUCGGAGAACAAACCAUUCGGCAAAGAAACCACUAACCGAGGAACCGGGCAAACAAGUCCAACCAAAAGUCCAACUUCGGAGAACAAACCAUUCAGCAAAGAAACCACUAACCCAGGAACCGGGUUUACCAUGAGUCAUGCUGAAGAUGUUCCUAAAAGCAAACCAGAAAUUGGCAGAAUCACAGGAAUUGUUGCUGGAUCUGUGGUUGCUGUUAUAUUUCUUGCUGCUUCUAUCGUUGCCUGUUUAAAACGCACACAUUUAUGGCAUCCCAAAACUGCCGGAAAUUGGGAAACUGAAAGAAAAAUAAGUCAAAAGUGGAGGGCGCACAGCCUUGUCGCGAAGGAAACUGCCGCCGCUUGGAGCCGGCUUUCCUGCCCCCAUUUCGCCCAGGGCCUCCUGCUUUUUGCCCCCCAGGUUGGGACCCUGUCGCUACGUUUCGCUGCCCUCUCGGGAGCCCCAAGUCAAAUGGGGCGCCCUUUACUCCCCCGCCGCAAUUUGACGCUCCUUGGGCUCUUUUCGCUGCUCUCCGGGAUCGGGGGUGAUUGUGGACCUCCACCAAAAUUGAACAACGCCGUUCCUAAUGAAAAACUUCUUGGAGAAAGCUUCCCUCACAUGAAGUCAGUAACCUACAAAUGUCUGGAUGGUUUUUAUAAUAUCUAUGGGAAGCUGGAUGUUGUGACAUGCCUUUCAGAUUCACAGUGGACCCCUAUAGAAGAAUUUUGUGAACGCAGCUGUGUUGACCCACCAAGGUCCAGAUUUGCUAGAAUAAACCCUAAGGAUAUCAAGACCUACUACCCCGCAGAGUCCAAAGUCUCCUUUACGUGUCGUCCAGGUUAUAACACCAUCCCUGAGGUCGGUUCCACUGUUACAUGCUUUACGAAUUAUACCUGGACAGCACUCCCAGUUUUUUGUGAAGGGAAACCAUGUGGUGAUCCAGGCAAACCAGAAAAUGGUGACACUGUUAUUCUAACUAACCUCCUGUACUUGGCAAAAGUAAACUUCAUCUGUGAGGAAGGGUACAAAUUAAAAGGAUCAUCUUCAGCCCAGUGUCUCCUGCAGGGAGAUGGAGUUAAAUGGAAACCAGACCCUCCCAAAUGUCAACAGAUCACUUGUUUUUCUCCUCCUAAUGUUGCGAAAGCAUCAAUCAAUGGCAGUAGUACUGGCAAUUUUGUCUACAAUUCAACAGUAACCUACCAGUGUGAUGAUGGCUUUUCACUUAUUGGAGAGGCAUCUCUUCGUUGUACUACUGAAGAUAAUGUAAAUGGCGUCUGGAGAGGUUCUCUUCCUGAAUGUAAAGGUGAUUGUCCUGCUCCACGCCGGCAGCCCGAUGCUACAUUAAGGGGCGGACCCGAAAAAUCCAACUAUCCUGUUGGAACUGUUCUGCGAUAUGAUUGCAUCCCAGGUUAUCAAUUCAAACCUGGAACAAGACCUACUAUCCGGUGUCAGGCCAAUUCUAAGUGGUCGUCAGAAUCUAGUCUUUGUGAAAGAAAACCGUGCAAGCCUCCAACUAUAGACAAUGGCAAAUUUGAAGGUGACAUCCGACUUGGUGAUGAAAUAACUUUCAGUUGUGACUUUGGGUUCAGAUUACUGGGGCAAGCAACUUCUCGAUGUAUUUUGACUGCAAGCGGCUCAGUUGACUGGUCGAGAAGUCCUCCAUAUUGUGACAAAAUCGCUUGUAAUCGCCCUCCUAGUAUUUCCAAUGGAGAUCACAAUGGUGACACAUCUCUUGAUAACUAUCUGUAUGGCGUAGUGGUAACCUACACUUGUUUCAAAGACUUUUCCCUUAUUGGACAUCCAAGUAUUACCUGUACUGUUGCAGCAGAUGGCAAAAACGGAAAGUGGAGUAGACCUCCACCUGAAUGUAAAGUGGUCAAUUGCCCCAGACCAAGCAUUCCAGAUGGAAGGCUAACAAGUCCAUUUCAGCCUACAUACAAGUAUGACCAUGUUUUACAAUUUGUAUGUAAUGCUGGACACACUCUGGUAGGAAGUCAGUUUGUCAAAUGUGGUGCUGACAACGAAUGGCAUCCUGAACUUCCAACUUGUGUCGAGGGUAUAUUUACAACUACCACCACUACUGGAGGUGGUGGAGGCGGCGAAGGCGGCGGCGGCGGAGGAGGCGGCGGUGGUGGAGGCGGCGGAGGCGGCGGCGGAGGAGGCGGUGGUGGUGAAGGCGGUGGUGGCAGUGGAGGAGAUAUGGGGCCAACUGUAGGGCCAGCUCUAAGACCAACUUCUGAGACCACAGAAGGAACCAUUACCAAUGAAACUGGACCUACACAAAGUCUGGAUGGAACAGUUCCUGGUGGUGAAUCAGAUAAAGAAAGUAGCAACACCUUAGCAAUUGUCAUUGGUGUCGUGCUUAGUAUUCUUAUUCUUGCUGCAGCAGGUUCAUAUGUGAUAUACAAAAGAUUUUACAGAAAAGAGGGGAGGGUCUCUCAUCCUGGUAUACCUGACCCAGAAAAAGAUAUGGCAAUGCAGGAAAAAGGAGGUCCAUCAAGACUCUGAUUUGCUUGCACUGACUUUCUGCAGUGAACUCAAGUAGCCUUUUGGCUACAUAUUACUUCCCAGUUUUCAUGACAAUUGGAAAUGGGAACAGAGUGAAGAAAUACAGCCAUAUUUUUUCAUUACAGAAAUUGACUGUCCAUAUUGGGGCAUCUGGAACAGGAAGAAAUUUUGCACAUCAGAAAACACCUGUUCGUUUGCACUCGUUCCUUCUGUUUAGCACUUUUGUUCUUGCCGAAAGUUUCCUUGAUGCCUGAAGAGGAUCACUGGGUUGGAGUGGGACAUCUCUCUACCCAGAAAGUGACACUUUUGUUUAUCUUUAUAAGUAUAUGGCCAUUUUGUGAUAUGAGCUAGGACACACUGAAGAUUAUUUAAUAAGCUAUGUGUUUCUUUCCUCAGGGUUUGUCCCCAAUUUAUGUCUUGAAGGGAUGGAAACAUAGCUGUUAAAGUCCAUUGUACUUGUGACCUCCUCAGGAUUUCUUAUAUUGUAAAAACAUCCAAAUAUAACACGUGCCUAAUCUAUUUUUCUGUGUUUGUGUGUAUUUUAAUAAGCAACAACAAUAUUUAUACUUAACCAAAAAAUCAAGAUUACUUCUAGGACACAAAUAAUUCAGUGAAAAUGAUUUAAGAAAUCAUGCCACUGCAAUCGGUGUGUCUAAAAAGCACUGUUCUUUUUACAAUAUGGACGGCAAGCUUGUCAUACAAGAAAGCUUUUGUGUGUUUUUAAGAAAUUGUGUGUUUGUAAACUGCCUAUGGGGUUGUAUAUAUCCUUAUUUUGUUAAUUGAACAAAACAUGAAAUCGACCAAUAUUAAACCUAUGUUAAAUUAAA